AUGGCUGCCUGCCUCCGAGCAGGCAACAGGAUCCCCACGCCAGGCGGACAGGACAGUCUCGGACGCAGGAGCGGUGGCAGCGAUCCCAGCAGAUCUUCCCUGAAGCGGUUUGGUGUGGAUCUCCUCCGGCCGGGUUGUGAUGAGCUACCCGUGUCAGAGGCCGCGGUGGCACACAAAAAAUCCCUUUGGAGGAUUGAACCCAAUGAAGGCAUGGUUCCUCCAGAAACUGAUGUUCGACUGGCAGUGACCGCCAACCUGAAUGACAUACUAACAUUCAAAGACACAGUCGUUUUGGACAUUGAAAAUAGCAACACCUAUCGGAUUCCUGUGCAGGCUUCUGGAAUUGGUUCCACCAUUGUUUCAGACAAGCCCUUUGCUCCAGAACUCAAUCUGGGGGCACAUUUUAGCCUGGAUACCCACUAUUACCGCUUCAAGUUGACCAAUAAGGGACGUCGAGUUCAACAGUUGUUCUGGAUGCAUGGCAGUUUUCGUGCCCAGAGCAAGCUGAACAAGAAGGGCCAGCUUAAGAAGAUAUGUGCUGAUGUCCGGCCCCAGCCUAAUGGCUCUCAAGAGUCCAGGAAUCCACAGACCCCCGUGUUUCAGCUCCACCCUGUCAGGAUGGAGCUGUACCCAGGCCAGACAAUCGAUGUGAUACUUGAAGGCUAUUCCGCUACUCCCAGGGUAGUUAAAGAGAAACUGGUGUGCCAUGCCAUCAUUGGAGCACAGAAGGGGAAGAGCAUGUUGAUGGCCGUGAACAUCACCUGUGAGUUUAUUGCACCUCUCAUCCAGCUCUCUACCAGGCAGCUCAUCUACCGACUGGAGAAGAAACCUAAUACUGUCCUGAAACCUAGUUACCAGCCCUUGGUCAUAAAGAACGUUUCCACUCUGCCUGUGAACUUGUUGCUGUCAACAACUGGACCCUUCUUUAUAUGCGAGACUGAUAAAUCCCUGCUCCCAGCAGCUCCUGAGCCCAUUAAACUGGAGAUUGAUGAAGAAAAAAACCUGCUGAUCAAGUUCGACCCUUUCUACAGAAAUGAUUUGAACAACUGGGUGGCAGAAGAAAUUCUAGCAAUUAAGUAUGUGGAGCAUCCUCAGGUAGACAGCCUGAACCUGCGUGGAGAAGUACAUUACCCCAACCUCAGCUUUGAGACCAUGGAGCUGGAUUUUGACUGUAUCCUGAAUGAUACUGAAGUCAUUCGCUACAUUACAAUCACCAACUGCAGCCCCUUAGUUGUGAAGUUCCGCUGGUUCUUCCUGGUAAACGAUGAGGAAAAUCAGAUAAGAUUUACGACAUUGCCAAAGAAGCCCUACAGUGGCCCCCUGUCCCAAAUGGAAUCCAUCCCAGCAACCUCAGCGACUGCUAGCUCACCAGCACUCCCAGCAACAAUAGAAUCCCCUGAGAUGGAUUUAAGUGAUUUCGUUAAGACUGUCCUUGUGGAUGAAGAUGCCAGACCUGAAGAAAAAGAACUCAGAAAAAUGAAAGCAUCCAGCGUGAUCUCAGAUGGAUUAAAAAUUAGCUCCACUGAAGCAGAAAAAAUACAUUCCAACCAGAGCCCAGUGGAGUUUCAGGAAUCCCUAUGGAUCUUUGAACAGGAUGAGAUGCUUUCCAUUGGGAUAGAAGAAGUGUUUGAUAUUUUGCCCCUCUAUGGAGUGUUGCAGCCACAUAGCAGCCACCAGAUAUCAUUCACCUUCUAUGGACACUGUAACAUCAUUGCACAGGCUAAAGCUCUGUGUGAAGUGGAAGGGGGACCCACCUAUGAAAUAAUACUAAAGGGAGAGGCAUCUCUGGUCAACUAUUCCUUUGACACCAAGCAUAUUAACUAUGGAUUACAGCUGUUUGACCAUGUCACAGAGAGGGAAAUCACACUGAAGAACAUGGGGAAGGUUGGCUUUGAGUUCAAGGUUUUGAUGGACCACCAGUCCUCCCCAGAAAACCUUCUCCCUGGAGUACCACUAAUCCUGCCUCUCUCCGGUUUUAUCAGUUCACAUAAUGAGCAGGUGUUGAAGGUUUACUACUUACCUGGAGUACCUGAGAUCUUUCAAAGGAAUUUCCAAAUCCAGAUUGCCCACCUGGACCCAGAAAAUAUCACUCUGAGUGGAGAGGGAAUCUUUCCCCGAAUCUGCCUCGAUCUCCCCAGGAACCUCACAGGAAAUGAAAAGUAUGGAACCUUCUUGAAUCAGGCCAGAAAAAACAUAGAAACAGAAUACAACAAAUAUGAAACUCCUGAUCACUUUGAGAUAAUACCUGAGGAAAUGCUUGAGGAUGACUCUACUGAGUUAAGUGCUCAUCUCCAGAUGGAAGUAGAGCGACUUAUAGUCCAAAGCUAUGCCCUAGAACAUCAGAAAACAGUUACAGCUGAUCUCAUUGAUGAUACCUACUUCAGCCAUCGGAGUUGCCGCAGACUGACCAAAGUCCAGCUGCCAGAGUACAUCCUGGACUUUGGCUACAUUGUCCUUGGUGACGUCCGAACCCACAUCAUCAAGAUCACCAACACCAGUCACUUUCCCGUGUCCUUCCACGCAGAUAAACGUGUCCUUCAUGAGACAGGAUUCAGUACUGAGCUAGAUCGUGUAAAGCAUCUGCCUUACUGUGAAAUGGAAACAUUUGAAAUGCGAUUCGACCCACAAGGGGCCAAUCUUCCUGUUGGAAACAAAGAAGUCAUUCUGCCCAUCAAGGUGGUUGGAGGGCCAACAGUUCACAUCCGUCUCCAAGCCAAGGUGACUAUUCCAACAAUGACACUGUCCUGUGGAAAAGUGGAGUUUGCCACAAUUCAGUGUGGACAGUGCUUGGUGGAAAAUAUUCAGCUUUCCAAUCAUCUCCAAGUCCCUUGUGAAUGGUUUGUUCAUAGCCAAAAGCCUGUUAACAAGCUGAAGAAACAUAUACCAAAGUACUUAAGACAGAAACUACAUGCUGAGAUAAAGCCAAAGACUCGGAUCUUUGAGAUCCAGCCCACUUCUGGAGUCUUGGAUCCUGAUGAAAGGUCCAACGUGCAAGUGAAAUUCAUGCCAAAAGAAGAGAAAUUCUACAACCAAACCUUGGUGUUUCAGAUUGCUCAGAGUGCUGAGAAGCUUACACUGCUGGUAAAUGGGCAAGGUCUAGAGCCACGCCUAGAAUUUAGUCCUUCUGUUCUGGAGCUGGGGCCACUGCUGCCUUUUGCACCUGGAGAUGAGGCUGAAGUGGUAGUGAAGAAUCCCUGCAACUUCCCCAUUGAGUUUUACUCCCUAGAAUUCGACCAGCAACAUCUCAUGGAAGAAAAGAUCUUGCGAAUCCUGAAGGGCUAUGAUUCCUACAACACCCUCCUCUUACCUCCCCGCAACCCAGGGGAGAAGCUGCCCCCAGAGUUGUAUGAGUACUUUAAGGAGAUGAAGAAGUCAAAAGAGGAGCAGAUGAAGGCAAAAUAUCUGGAGAUUCUGGCGCAGGAGAACGAAGAGGAAGAUAUGACCACAUCAGAUCAGGGAACCUCCACUAGCACAAAGAGGACAUCGCUUAGCCGUGGGAUCUCUGUCACAUCCAACCUGGAAGAGCGCUAUGUCCCUCUGGUUGAGUCCAAAACCUACCCAGAUGAGGAUGAGGAUGAGGAAAGCCUGGAAAAAAUCAUGUUUCAAGCUGACAAGAUUCAGAGCACUGAUAGCCACUCUGUGGAGGAAGUUGGAGAGGUAGAAAACAACCCAGUGAGCAAGGCAAUCGCUUGCCACCUGGGCAUUGACAUUUCUGCAGAAGGCCGCAUGGCCAAGAGUCGGAAAGGCAUCGCCAUUAUCAUCCAUGGGACACCCUUGUCAGGAAAGUCAGCCAACGCCAUCAACAUAGCCAAGUACUACAAUGCGGCCUGCUUGAGCAUCGACUCCAUUGUGCUGGAAGCCGUGUCUGACAGCAGCAGCGUUGCAAGGGUCCGGGCCCGUGAGCUUUGCAUUAGGGCUGCCAUAGAGCAGUCCAUGAAAGAAGAAGAGCCUGCCCAGGAGACUUCUGUGAGCCAAAACGUCAUGGGCCAAGGACGACUAAGCAGUGAGACCUUGGGCAAAUUAACCUCAGAUAUUACUCUGAUGGCCCCAGAAAUUAAAGCUGGAAAGGGCAUGCGUGGAAGUGUGCUGAUCACCAAAAGCAAGGCAGAGAGCCACGGUUCCGGGUCGCAGAAGCAGCAUCACUCACACCAAUCUGAAACACCACAGGUUUCCUCCAGCCCUCUCCCCUCAGGACCCACCCAGCGCCGGCUCAGUGUCAGUGCCAGUGUUGGAGGUGAGACUGGACUGAUGAGCUGUGUGCUUCCAGAUGAACUUCUCGUGCAGCUCCUGGCUGAGCGAAUACAGCUAAGUGACUGCUACCGAGGAGUGGUGUUUGAUGGCCUUGAUACACUCUUUGCUCAGAACAUCACCGCCGCCCUCCUCUGCCUGCUGAAGGCCAUUGGCAAUCGGGAGCACAUCUAUGUUCUCAACAUGGCCCAGGAUUAUACAGCCAUGAAGGCCCAGGAGAACGCCAAAAAGGAACAAGAAGAACACAAACGCAGAGAAGCUCUUGAGAAAGAGAAGGAGCGUCUCCAAAACAUGGAUGAGGAAGAAUAUGAUGCUUUGACAGAGGAGGAGAAAAUCGUGUUCAAUCGGGAGGUUCAGCAGGUGCUCCGGGAAAGAAAGAAGAGGGAGCUGGAGAGGCUGGCAAAGGAGAUGCAAGAAAAGAAGCUACAGCAGGAGCUCGAGCGACAAAAGGAAGAGGAUGAGCUGAAACGGAAGAUCAAAAAACCAAAACAAGGACCCAUAAAGGAGGAAAUCCCCCUGAGGAAAUCUCAAGUAACAAGCAAGCAGGUUCUUCCUUUCACCAAACUAGAAAUCAAGACAGAGACAAGCGAAAGGAAAAUAUCUGUCAGGGAGCAAAUAGCGUCUGAGAAGGAGGAACCGAACAAGAAAAAAAAGAACACGGCCGAUGGCAACAUGCUUGUGUUUCCGCUGGCCCUGGACCAAGAAGACAGUGAAGGGGACCUCCAGAAAGACACUGACAAGCAACUGGCUCAGACAUUUAAGGCCUACGAGUUGAGUCUGAAGGAUGUCCAGAGCAUCCUCAUGUACUGGGACCGGAAGCAAGGAGUUCAGCUGCCUCACGCAGGGAUGGAGGAGGUGCCCCACGAGCCAGAAGACCAGCGUCAGGUUCCCUCGGGUGGGCGCAGGGGCCGCAAGGACCGUGAGAGGGAGCGCUUGGAAAAGGAGCGAGCGGAGAAGGAGCGCUUGGAGAGGGAGAAGGCCGAGAGGGAGCGUCUGGAGAAGCUGCGGGCCAUGGAAGAGCGCAGCGACGCGGAGGGGGAAGGAGAGGAAGAUCGUGAAGGGAAGAAGGACCUUGGUGUGCCUUUCCUCAACAUCCAGACACCAGACUUUGAAGGCUCCAGCUGGAAGCAGGCUCUGGAGAAUGACAAACUUCCCAAAUGGGACCAGAUCCUAGAUAUCUUGGGUCUGGGUUCCUCCGGACCACCCAUCCCACCUCCUGCCUUGUUCUCAAUUAUCUCCUACCCUGUGAAGCGGCUGCCUUUGGUCACAACAGACAUCCUAAAGCAUUUUGUAUUUGUGGCCCCAUCAUCUGAUGAGCUCUCCCUGCUGGAUGAGAAAAAAGAAGUGGACCCAGAGUCAGACUUGCUGACCUCCACAAGCACUACAAAGGCCCAAGAGGAGCAGACCACUUCAUCUAAGGGGAGCAGACAGAAAAUGAAAGAAAAAGCAGAACAAGUUCGCGACAACCAGAAGGACAAGCGUCGUGUGCCCUUUACCAGGAAGGUCCUUUCUGGGGUAACUACUGGAACCGUUGCCCCCCUGUCAGACAUAGACCAGAAUAACUUCAGUGGGCAGCACUCUCAGGAGAAAUUUAUCAGACUGAAUCACUUCCGGUGGAUCGUGCCAGCCAAUGGUGAGGUAACAUUGCGUGUGCAUUUCUCUUCUUCUGAUCUCGGGAACUUUGAUCAAACUUUUAACUUUGAGAUCCUUGGAACUCGCCGCCAGUACCAGCUUUAUUGUCGAGGUGUCUGCACUUACCCAUAUAUUUGCCAAGACCCAAAAAUGGUAUUCCCUCAGUGGAAGAUGGACAUGACAGCAGAUGAGGUCAUCUUUAAGAAGUAUAUUAUAAGCAUGGAGAGGUUUUACUUCGGGCCACUGCUUUGUGGAAAAUCAAGAGAUAAGUACAAGUCAUCCCUGUUCCCAGGCAACAUGGAGAUGCUGACAAUCUUAAACAAUUCCCCAAUGAUGGUGGAAGUGUUCUUCUGUUUUCAGAAUGAUGUUAAAGCAAACACAUACUUCCUGGAGCCGGCCAACAUGAUUCUGAAACCCAAUGAGAAGCAGAUGCUAAACAUAUGGGCCUACCCUACUGCAGUUGGUGUCUUUGAAGAUAGCAUUGUCUGCUGCAUCAAAGAAAACCCAGAGCCAGCCAUCUUCAAAUUAAGCUGCCAGGGAGUUCGCCCAGAAUUAGAGCUGGAACCCAGGCAAUUACAUUUUGAUCGGCUCUUGCUGCACAGAAAGGAAUCCAAGAUAGUUCUUCUCCACAAUGUCACACUCCUGCCCGUGGCCUGGCGGAUCACCAGCCUAGAGCACCUAGGCGAUGACUUUACUGUGUCCAUGAUGCAGGGGACCAUACCCCCGAGGGCUGCGUAUAGCCUGCACCUGCAUUUUCAGCCCUCCAAGCCCGUCAACAUCAAGAAGGCUUUCCGGCUGGAGGUUUUAGAUGCAGAAAAUCUUCUUGGUGUUGUUCAGAUUGAAAAUAUCAUGAUCUUCGCAGAGUCAUAUGACAUUGCCUUGGACAUCACCUUCCCUAAAGGAGCUGAAGGAGGCCUCGACUUUGGGAUUGUGAAGGUCAUGGAAGAGGUGAAGCAGCCCCUACAACUGAAGAACCGUGGAAAAUACGAGAUUAUGUUCAGCUUUUCUGUGGACUCCUUAGGUAUUUCAGCAGCCAACGUAAAUUCCAUGAUAUCAGUCCAACCCAAAAAGGGCUCACUGACCCCAACAGAAAAAUCCACAAAUGUCCAGGUAUUCUUUUGUGCAAAAAAGGAAGUGAAGAUUGAGCACCAGCCUGUUCUGCGCUGUCAGGUUAUUGAGCCCAAUAUUGCAGAAGGAGGUGAGAUCAUUGCCAGUAUCCCGAUUAAGUUUUCUGUGAAUGCUGUUUACUCUAAAUACAACAUCAGUCCCUCCUCCAUCAUCAACUUUGGAGCUUUGAUCUGUGGCACUCGUAAAAGCACCACCUUAACAAUAGAAAAUCAAGGCAUCACUGACUUCAAGUUUGCCCUUUACAGACUGACAGGGGAAAGCCCCAAUCAUCAAAAGAAAGUAACCAGCCAUAUCAGACAUGCAAGAUCCCGGGAAAGCGAGAGCUUCUACAAGUCCGUUCCUUCCAAAGCAGCCAAGUUCUCUGAUUCGACUCAGAAAGAAGUAAACAUCACAAACCAGGCCCGAUUCUCCCAUGGCAUGUUCACUGUGUACCCUGGGUUUGGCUCCAUCCCUUCUGGAGGACAGCAGGUCAUCACCAUUGACUGUGUGGCUGACCCCGUGGGAAAGUGUGAGGAGUUUAUGGCCAUCGAUAUCUCCGACCGAGAUCCUACAGACCAGCCUGCUGGCAUUCCUUACACUCUUUUGGCUGAAGCCUGCCUGCCAGCCUUCGUGACUGACAACAACGCCUUGAUAUUUGAGGAACACCAGAUAUGUACAAGCCCCAACCUGCACAACAUCUUGCAGACCACAGAGAGUGGGGGCCUGUUCGUGGAGGAUGAGAACAAGUUCAUCUUCUGCAAUGUCCUUGUGGGCCAUCAGGCCAAGGCUCGGUUCAAGAUCAGUAAUGUGGGAAAGAUUGCCUGUGAUAUCAACAUUGUAGUUAGGCCUAUCUCCAAUAAGGCUUAUGCCCGCAUCACUGACAUUUUUGAAGUGGAACCCAACAAGAUGUGUGUUGCCAGUCACUCACAUGCCUUUGCUACAGUGGCCUUCACCCCACAGACCAUGCAGACCUACCAGUGUAUCUUUGAGGCUACCUUGGAUGGCUUGCCCAGCAACCUGGCCAAAAGCCGAGGUCUUGUGUUCGAUAUCACCGGUGAGGGGAAUCUCCCUCGAGUGACCAUUGUGCGACCAAUUCUCCAUAACCAAUAUGGAAGCCCCUUGCUUCUCUUUAAGAGGCUUCUGCUUGGUCAUUCAGAGAAACUGCCUCUAAUCCUCAAGAACAAUGGCACCAUCCCUGCCCAGCUGCAUGUUGAUCUGCGGGAUGAACUAGGAGUCUUUUCCCUGAAAGGAAGGCCCACUACCUCAUACAUUUACAUCACAGAGGAAAGCAAACCAAAUGAAAAAGCAAAGAAAGCUCACACAGCCUCCCUGAUUAUUUCUCCUGGAGAUACAGCCGAAUUCGAUGUCUUUUUCUACUCCCAGAAGGUUGGGAGAAUGAGAGGCAUCAUCCACUUGUCAGUGAUCAAUAACCAAUAUGAGGAAACCAUUAUCCACAUGGUGGGAGAGGGUUACAAGGAUGACAUCACCUUAGACAACAUCCACGGGCUGGUGGCUUCCACUGACACAAAUAUCUCUGAAUUCACAGAGAUCAUUGAGGACAAUAUGGAAGACUUAGUGGCAGCUGCUCUGGUGGACCACAUCCAGUUUGGAGACUGCCACAUUGGACACAGCUAUAAUGUGAGCUUCACAGUCACAAAUCACAGCCAAGGGAAUGUGAUGCGAUUUGAAUGGCCCCUUUUAGCUGCAAUUACUUUCUCCCCACAGAUGGGCCACCUCCACCCUGGGUGUGCUAAGGACAUAGUGGCAACCAUGAAGUCAGAUGUACCCAUCAACCUGAAGAAAAUGCAAGUCAGGUGCAAGCUCUCCAGGAUCACAUUUCAGCUUCCUGCAGAAAAGGUCCCUGACUGGGAUGACCGCAUGCGCACCAUCAAGUGGGUGGAUGUGUCCAGAAACACACCUGGGACGUUCACUUCAAAACGAAAAGUGAUAGAGAUGGAUCCUGAGCCUGCCCACUCAGUACUAGAAGAAAACUAUCAAGAACUACAACUUCAUAUCAGUGCCAAUGUGGAUUUUGCUUCAUACCAAUGCCAAAUGAGCGAUGUGCACUUUAAGGACACACUGGUUUACCAGACUCGAGUGUUUGAGUUUGACCUGAUUAAUUCAGGACAUGUGCAGCUGGAAUUCAGCUGGGUCUCCGAAGACAAUUCAAAGGCAGUCAGUUUUGCAAUGCCUGAAAACCAAGGUUUCACUCAAAAAGACCAGCUUAGCCAGGGAACACUGCACACGGGCAGCACUCUUGACAGCACCGUGGACCACUGGACAGAGAGUUCCUCAUUGCCCUUUUCUGUGGAGCCCUCUUUGGGCAUCGUGCCUGUGGGAAAGACUCAGAAGCUCAAAGUGAAAUUCUCCCCGUUGGACAUUGGAGACUUUGAGAGCAACCUUUUCUGCCAGAUUCCAAACCUGCCACCUGGAGAGCAAGGUCCGGUCCUGGUAGCAAAAGGGCGGAGCUUCUUGCCCUUCUGCCAUUUUGAUCUGAAAGAGUCAGACUACAUCAGUGGUCAUCGGCGUAACCCAGACCUCCGAGGGCCUGGUGGUGGAGUUCUGGAUCCAAACACCCGAGUGAUUGAGUUCACCACUGUGGGCAUAGGAGGGAAGAGUCUCCGGACCUUUACAAUCCUGAACCCGACUAAUAGCACCUAUUCCUUCUGCUGGAUCACUGAUGAAGUCGAAAGUCUCCAGAACCCUCCAGCCUUCACAUGUCUAACAGAGAAGGGUUUCAUCCACCCUGAAAAGAAAGCUGAGAUUGCGUUCCAGUUCACAUCUUUCCAUCUGGACAUCACGGAAGCAUUUUGGACUUUCCUAAUCCCUGAACACAACAUCACAGUCCCUUUCCUGCUGGUAGGCAAAACCACCGACCCUCUCAUCUCUCUGGACAAGUCACACCUCAACUUCAGUUCUCUUCUCAUUGGCAGAGAAGCCAGGGAGACUGUGCAGAUUAUCAACAAGGAGGAGCAGGGAUUUGAUUUUACCUUCCAGGACAACUCCCGAUAUUCUCAAGGUUUCCUCAACAACUUGGAUAUAUGUCCCAUGGAAGGCUGGAUCCCACCACUGUCCAGGCUCCCAAUUGAUAUUUUCUUCACACCAAAGCAAGAAGGAGAUGUGAACUUUAAUUUGAUCUGCAAUGUGAAAAAGAAAGUCCACCCUCUGACACUAAAUGUCAAGGCCCAGGGCUACACUAUGAAUGCAGAGGUCAAAUGCAAAGAUAAGUCUGGCUCCAUCACGCUCUUGACUCCCAUCCAGACUAACAUCAUCAACUUCUAUGAGGCAGAGUUAAAUGAACGUGUCCAGUGUGAUUUCAACUUUAUCAACACUGGGAAGUUCAACUUCAGUUUCCAAGCAAAACUGUCUGGCUCCAAAGCCCUGCUUCAGUACUUGGAAUUUUCACCCACUGAUGGCACCGUGGAUGUGGGGCAGAGUGUACAUGCUACCCUGUCUUUUCAACCAUUUAAGAAGUGUGUUUUGAAGGGCCUGGAACUCAGAAUCAAGAUCAGCCAUGGCCCAACAUUUAUUUGCAGCAUUUCAGGCUGUGCCGUUAGCCCAGCUGUCCAUUUCUCCUUCACCAACUACAACUUUGGAACCUGCUUCAUCUACCAAGCUGGGAUGCCUCCAUACAAACAAACCCUGAUCAUUACUAACAGGGAAGAAACUUCUAUGAGCAUAGACUGUCUGUACACCAACACCACCCACCUUGAAGUGAACUUCCACGUUGAUGAGGUAAAGCCAGGAAAGACACUGGAAAUUCCAAUCAUCUUUUAUCCUCGAGAAAGUAUCAGCUAUCGAGAACUCAUCCCCUUCGAAAUCAAUGGGCUCUCGCAGCAAAUAGUUGAAAUCAAAGGGAAGGGUACUGAAAUGAAGAUUUCAGUCCUAGAUCCAGCCAAUAGGAUUGUGAAGUUAGGAGCCACCCUUCCAGGACAGGUUGUGAAAAAAACAGUUUCCAUCAUGAACAGCAGCCUCACCCAGCUCACAUUUAGCCAGUCCGUUCUGUUCUCAGUUCCAGAACUCCAGGAGCCCAAGGUCAUCACCCUGACACCCUUCCAAAACAUCACACUGAAGCCCAAAGAAGUCUGUAAACUGGAAGUCAUCUUUGCCCCGAAGAAACGUAUCCCCCCCUUCUCUGAGGAAGUAUUCAUGGAAUGCAUGGGACUUCUGCGCCCCCUCUUCCUCCUCAGUGGCUGCUGCCAGGCCCUGGAGAUCUCCCUGGAUCAAGAGCAUCUUACCUUUGGACCUGUGGUGUAUCAGACACAAGCCAUGCGUCGUAUCCUCAUGUUGAACACAGGCGACCUGGGUGCCAGGUUUAAAUGGGAUGUCAAAAAAAUUGAGCCUCAUUUCUCCAUCAAUCCAGAAGAAGGAUAUAUCACCGCAGGCAUGGAUGUUGCUUUUGAAGUGACCUACCGUCCCACCGAGGUGGGAAAGGAGAGUCUCUAUAAAAAUCUGCCCUGCUUCAUCCAGGGAGGGAAGCCUCUGAGCCUGACCCUGUCUGGAGUCUGUGUGGGACCACCUGCAAUAAAAGAGGUGGUGAAUUUCACCUGCCAGGUGCGCUCCAAGCACACACAGACCAUCCUGCUGUCGAACCGCACCAAUCAGACCUGGAAUCUGCACCCCAUCAUUGAGGGCGAGCACUGGGAGGGCCCCGAAUUCAUCACCCUGGAGGCCCAUCAGCAAAAUAAGCCCUAUGAGAUCACCUAUAGACCCCGCACCAUGAACUUGGAGAACCGCAAACACCAGGGCACCCUCUUCUUCCCCCUCCCAGAUGGGACUGGCUGGCUGUAUGCUCUACAUGGGAAUUCUGAGCUCCCAAAAGCUGUAGCCAAUAUCUACCGUGAAGUACCAUGUAAGACACCUUAUACUGAGCUCCUGCCAAUCACCAACUGGCUGAACAAGCCCCAGAGAUUCCGGGUCAUUGUGGAAAUACUGAAACCAGAGAAGCCAGACCUAAGCGUCACCAUAAAGGGCCUUGAUUACAUUGAUGUACUGUCUGGCUCCAAGAAAGACUACAAGCUGAACUUCUUUUCCCACAAAGAGGGAAUGUACAUUGCAAAGGUGAUCUUCCGAAAUGAGGUGACCAAUGAGUUCUUAUACUACACGGUGAGUUUCAGGGUCAUCCCUUCUGGCAUCAUCAAGACCAUCGAGAUGGUGAGCCCAGUCCGGCAGAGUGCGUCAGCCUCCAUCAAGGUGGAGAACCCCUUGCCAUACCCAGUGACCUUCUCCACGGAAUGCAGGUUACCUGACAUCACCUUGCCCUCCCAGUUUGUGGUGCCCGCCAACUCCGAGGGCACAUUCUCAUUUGAAUUCCAGCCUCUGAAAGCUGGAGAAAUCUUCGGGAGACUAACUUUGCACAACAGUGACUUGGGUUCCUACCAGUACGAGCUCAAUCUGAAAGCCACACCAGCACUUCCUGAAAAACCUGUCUACUUCCAGACUGUUCUUGGCAGCAGCCAGAACACUUUUGUGAAGUUCAUCAAUUAUACACGGCAGAAGACAGAAUACUUCUGCAGG